CCGUAAUAGACCGAGUCACUACCAACCAACUGGAAGACCCGCAACGUUCGGACUGCUGACAGGCGGCUGUGCUCCCUGAGUAGAUGCUCUUCAUAGAGGUGAUAAAAACCUAAGAGAGUAGCAACUAUUUCCUCAAGUCGUGACGAAUUACGUGGUCUGCCUCCAUAUGACAGCGACAGAAAGCUAAUCAGUCUUUGAACCUAACGCUAGUUGCAAGGCUGCUGCAAAUAAAAAGGAUACAAUGAAUGCAAAGUCAGCACACGUAGUACUUCUGACGGGAAUCUUUCUACUAAUGUUAAUGGACAUGGCUAGUGCUGUGAAGUGCUACAUUUGCAGCUGGAAUCCAAGAGAUUAUGACAAUGAUACAUGUACAACAGACAAUUUCAAUCCACAGCGUACAAGAACAGAUGAAUGUGAUGCAGGAUGUGAGACUGUUAUCAUGAGAGACAGCAAUGGUGAUCUGGAAAUGUUCUACAGAAAUUGUUACACGAAUGGAAAUUAUAUUUACAGCAAAGAGAUGAAAAGAGUAAAUAAUGAAGAAAAAUACAAAUGCAGUUCAAGAUUAUGUAACACUGGAACAAGAAUACAACUGGCUUUCUUACCUGAUCUUUUUUGUGGCUCUGUGAUAAUCACCCUGUGCUUAGCUGUGCUCAUGUGAAGUGUUUUAUAGUUAUCAUGACUGACAAAACCUCAGGGAGUCAUUCAUUUAAAAAAAUUCCAGCAGCAGCAGUAUUAAUAACUGAUUAGCACAGUAAUUUUGCCAUUAAUUUUCAUGUUAUUUAUCUAUGAAUGUGCAUUUGAAUACUUUGUUAUUUAUAUUCAUACAACUGAUUAUGGAGAGUUAGCGAUCUUAAAAUGUAUAUCAUACCAUAAUUGAAUAAACAUGUAUUUACAAGGUCA